AUGUCUGUUUCUGUACAAGAGCUGGACAACACGGUCCGCGCCUUCUUUGAGGGCAAGGGCGACGUGCAAAAACAAGCCCAGCAGACACUCACCGAAUUCAAGCAAAAUCCCGAUGCCUGGGUCACCGUCGGAAAUAUCCUGCAGGAGGCAUCGUAUCCUCAGACAAAAUAUAUUGCUCUACAAGUCCUCGACGAUGUGAUUAUGACCCGAUGGAAGGUGCUACCCAGAGACCAGUGCCAAGGAAUCCGAAACUUCAUCGUCAAUUUCAUCAUCGAAAACUCCAGCUCCGAGGAAAAGCUUCGAAAUGAGCGCGCGUUCCUGAACAAACUGAACCUGGUCUUGGUUUCGAUCCUGAAGCAGGAAUGGCCGCACAACUGGCCCACGUUCAUCAAUGAGAUCAUCUCCUCCUGUCAUUCCAGUCUCUCCAUCUGCGAAAACAAUAUGGCCAUCCUUCGCCUACUCUCCGAAGAGGUCUUUGACUUUUCGCAAGACCAGAUGACUUCGAUCAAGGCUCGCAAUUUGAAGACCUCCAUGACCCAGGAAUUCGCUUCAAUUUUCCAGCUCUGCUCCGAGGUUUUGAACACAGCAAACCAGCCCAGUCUGGUCAAGGCAACUUUGGAAACGCUCCUGCGUUUCUUGAACUGGAUCCCCCUAGGAUAUAUCUUCGAAACCCCCAUUAUCAACACCCUUCUUACACGGUUCUUGGGCACCCCCGAAUUCCGAAACGUGACCCUUAAAUGCUUGACCGAGAUUGGAGGCUUGCAGAUUGGCGCUCCAUACAACUACGACGAAAGACUUAUCCAUAUGUUUACUGAGACAUUGACCGCAGUUUCUAACGUCAUUCCCUUGUCUCUAGAUCUGAAGGAGACCUAUGCGCGUAGCAACGGCAGGGACCAAGAAUUUGUCUCGAAUCUGGCACUUUUCUUGUCUAGCUUCUUCAGUGCUCACCUGGAGCUGAUUGAGAAGCUUCCGAACCAAGAUUACCUUACUCACGCCCAUUUCUACCUAAUUCGCGUCAGUCAGAUUGAUGAUCGGGAAGUCUUCAAAAUUUGCCUGGAUUACUGGACCCGACUGGUGCAAGAACUCUACGAAGAGAUGCAACAACUCCCAAUCACCGAUAUCAACCCGCUCGUGACGAUGGGUGUGAGUGGUCUGGCAAACGGGGGUGCGCCUCACCCAAGCACCCUUGCCAACUACCCUCUGCGCAAACACAAGUACGAAACCGUUCUCUCAAACCUUCGCACGGUCAUGAUCGAGAAGAUGGUCCGUCCAGAAGAGGUUUUGAUUGUGGAAAAUGACGAGGGAGAGAUCGUGCGUGAAUUUGUCAAGGAGAGUGACACCAUCCAGCUGUACAAAACGAUCCGAGAGUGCUUGGUCUACCUCACACACUUGGAUGUUGUGGAUACCGAAACUAUCAUGAUUGACAAAUUGGCGAAGCAAGUGGACGGAUCAGAAUGGUCUUGGGCGAACUGCAACACCCUCUGCUGGGCGAUUGGUUCGAUCUCUGGAGCUAUGAAUGAGGAAACGGAAAAGCGUUUCUUGGUUACCGUUAUCAAGGAUCUUCUGGGUUUGACUGAACAGAAGCGUGGCAAGGACAAUAAGGCGGUCGUGGCAAGUAAUAUUAUGUACAUUGUCGGCCAAUACCCCCGGUUCUUGAAGGCCCAUUGGAAGUUCUUGAAGACUGUGGUGAACAAGCUUUUCGAGUUCAUGCAUGAGACACACGAAGGUGUCCAAGAUAUGGCUUGCGAUACCUUCAUUAAGAUCGCCAAUAAGUGUCGCAGACACUUUGUGGCCUUGCAACCUGGCGAAAACGAGCCUUUCAUUGAGGAGAUCGUCAGAAACAUGCGAAAGAUCACCAUGGAUCUCUCUCCCCAGCAGAUUCACACUUUCUACGAAGCGUGUGGUUAUAUGAUCUCUGCGCAAGGGCAGAAGGGUCUUCAGGAUCGGUUGAUCGAAAAUCUGAUGGCAUUGCCCAACUCAGCUUGGGACCAGAUUAUCGCGGAGGCCAACCAGAAUGCUGCAAUCCUCCAGGAUGGUAAUACUAUCAAGAUUAUCGGCAACAUUAUGAAGACCAAUGUAGCCGCUUGUUCAUCUAUUGGAACCUACUUCUACUCCCAGAUUGGCCGCAUAUACCAUGACAUGUUAAAUAUGUACCGCGCCUCCAGUCAACUUAUCAAUGAUGCGGUGGCUAGCGACGGACAAAUUGCCCCCAAAACACCUAAAGUCCGGGGUCUUCGCACCAUCAAGAAGGAGAUCUUGAAGCUGAUUGACACAUAUGUGGACAAGUCGGAUGAUCUCGAAAUGGUCAACGCUAACAUGGUGCCUCCUCUCUUGGAGGCGGUUCUCGUUGAUUAUCACCGAAAUGUACCAGACGCACGAGAAGCAGAAGUUUUGAAUGUCAUGACAACCAUAAUUCAUAAGCUUCAUAAUCUCAUGGAAGACAAAAUUCCUGCUAUCAUGGACAGUGUCUUCACCUGUACAUUGGAGAUGAUCAACAAAGACUUCCAUGAAUAUCCCGAACAUCGAGUACAGUUCUUCAAGUUGCUGCAAGCCAUCAACUUGUACUGUUUUCAAGCACUAUUGAAGCUAGAUGCAUCUCAGUUCAAGUUUGUUAUCGAUUCAUGCAUGUGGGCAUCGAAGCAUGACAACCGAGAGGUGGAGAACACUGGUCUUGCUAUGUGCCUGGAGUUGAUGAACAACAUGGCGGAAACCGAUGUUCAGACCGCAACCAUUUUCUUCCGACAAUUCUACAUUCCUAUUCUCCAGGAUGUUUUCUUCGUUCUCACCGACAGUGAUCACAAGGCGGGAUUCAAAUCUCAGGCCAUGCUCUUGUCCCGCAUGUUCUACUUCAUUGAGUCCCAAAAGAUUUCGGAACCCAUCUACACUCCCGAUCAGGCCCCUGCUGGAACCUCGAACAAGGAAUUCAUACAGCAAUACGUUGCCAACUUGCUUCAGAAUGCGUUCAAGAACCUGCAAGAAGUACAAAUCCAGCAAUUUGUGAUUGGCUUGUUCACCUACACUGAUGACUUGAACAAGUUUAAGACUCACCUGCGUGACUUCUUGAUUUCACUGAAGGAGUUCUCUGAUGAUAAUGCAGAGCUCUAUGCUGAAGAGCGAGAGCAAGCUGUUCGGGACGCACAAGUCGCCGAGAGGGACCGUGCAAUGAAGGUGGGCGGUCUGCUGAAGCCAUCUGAGAUGGACCAGGAGGACGAACUGUGA